UUUGUAGUAAAUGAAUUUCAAUUAUCUGUAUUCAGUUGAGAUUUAAAACUUAAACAGUACGGACGAGCGGCACGGCACGGUGACAUCAAUGUGGAAGAUUAGCAGAAAAACAUUACUUCAAGGACAGACCUCAACGAGUCUUUCAUCAAACACCAAGAGAAAAGCAAAAAUAGCAAAAGCCACUGUACGUUGGUCUAGCGCUAAAGCUGACACCACCGCUGUACCACAAAUACCCUCAAACGCAGAUGUGGUUAUCAUUGGUGGCGGUUCGGCAGGAUGUCAUACACUGUAUCACUUGGCGAAACGUGGCGUAAAGGCAGUGCUAUUGGAACGUGCUAAACUAACAGCCGGCACCACCUGGCAUACGGCGGGUUUGAUUUGGCGUUUACGACCCAACGAUGUGGAUAUAGAAUUAUUGAAUAAUUCACGAAAUAUGCUAAUGGAAUUAGAAGCGGAUACCGGAUACGAUCCGGGUUGGAUACAGAAUGGUGGCAUAUUCAUUGCGCACACUGAAAAACGUUUGGAUGAAUAUAGACGACUGGCCACUGUAGGCAAUGCUUUAGGCAUUGAGAAUCACAUACUCGGACCCGAAGAAACACAAAAAUUAUUCCCACUACUUGAUCCGAAAUCAUUUAUUGGAGCACUCUAUUCGCCAGGCGACGGUGUCAUAGAUCCAGCCAUGUUGUGCACUGCCUUAACUCGCGGAGCUGUUAAAAAUGGUGGGAAAGUCAUUGAAAAUUGUAAUGUCACCGAACUCUUAGUCGAGGAUACAGGCAAAGGCAAACAGUUAAUCGGCGUUGCCACACCGUAUGGUAAUAUAAAAACCAAGACUGUAGUGAAUACGACAGGAGUUUGGGGCAGAGACUUAGUGCAUAAGUAUGGCUCACACUUACCACUCAUACCGAUGAAACACUCCUAUAUUGUUUCCGAAACAAUACCCGGUGUACGUGGCAUACCAAACAUACGUGAUCACGAUUAUUCCACAUACUUUCGUAUACAAGGAGACGCAAUAUGCAUGGGCGGUUACGAGCCGAAUCCGAUUUUAUUAGAACCGGUGCCGGAUGACUUCCAUUUCGGACUGUACGACUUGGAUUGGACAGUGUUCGAUGUGCAUCUUAAUGGUGCAAUGAAAUUGUGCCCUUCAUACGGCGAUUACGGUGUAAAGAGCACAAUAUGUGGUCCCGAGUCCUUUACGCCCGAUCACAAACCGCUUAUGGGACCGGAUACACAAGUGAAUGGUGUAUUUCAUAAUUGUGGUUUCAACUCGGCUGGCAUGAUGUUCGGCGGCGGUUGUGGUGAACAAACCGCUUUAUGGCUAAUCAACGGUAAACCCGAUUUGCCAAUGUUUAGCUUCGAUUUGCGUCGCUUCACAAAAGCACAAAAUCGCAAUACACAGUGGAUACGUGAGCGUUCACAUGAGAGCUAUGCCAAGAAUUAUAGCAUGGUCUUUAAGUAUGAUCAGCCGCUUGCAGGCCGAAAUUUCCAAAAGGAUCCACUGCAUGAGGACAUGUUGGCGCAGUAUGCUUUCAUGGAGGAGAAACAGGGUUGGGAAAGACCUGGCUUCUUUAUGAAGCAUAAGGCAGAGGUACUGCCUUAUGACUGGUAUGGCAGCUAUGGGCAUAAAAGACACAAUGAUCGCGCUUAUGAGGAUGCGCUCGAGGGCGAUUUGAAAUAUGCAGAGUUUUCGGAGCAUCAUAAGUUGAUAGGCGAAGAGGCACUGGCUUGCCGUAAUGCCGCGGUGAUAUUCAAUAUGAGUUAUUUCUGUAAGCUCAUUAUGGAAGGACCGGAUGCGCAAAAGGCAGCCGAUUGGUUGUUUAGUGCAAACACGAACCGCGAUACAAGCAAAACCGUUUACACUUGUGUACUCAACAAUACUGGCGGUGUAGAGGCCGAUGUGACUGUAUCGCGUUUGGAUUCCGGCACUGGUGCGGUACACGAUCCGAAGUUCACGGGUCAGGGAUAUUACAUUGUGGCCGGUGGUGCCUCUGCUUAUUAUACUUACGCGACUUUACUCGCCGAAAUACGUGAAAAGGGUUUCAAUGUCUCAUUGCGCGAUGUUACAGCUGAUUUGGGUGUUAUAUCCAUACAAGGGCCGCACAGCCGUGAUAUACUUCAGCGUAUUAUCGAUUGUGAUCUAUCGAAUGAGAACUUACCACCAAAUGGCACACAGGUAACAAGUAUUAAAUGCCCAACAGCGAAUGGCAAGCAAGUUGGCUUACGUUUACUACGUGUCAGUUUUGUUGGCGAACUCGGCUAUGAGCUACACGUACCCAAGGAACAUUGCUCCGCCGUCUAUCAAUCACUUUUGGCGGUAGGCAAACCGCUUGGUGUGCGAAACGCAGGCUAUCGCGCUCUGUACUCGCUGAGUAGCGAAAAAGGUUAUCAUCUCUGGAGUUUCGAUUUACGACCUGACGACACACCCAUCGAAGCUGGUCUAGGGUUUACGUGUCGCAAAAAUGGUGACUACAAGGGAAAGUUGGCAAUCGAAAGACAGCGUAAGGAAGGCAUUAAAAAGCGUCUGGUCUAUUUAACAUUGAACGAACAGGUGCCUAUUUGGGGCUUGGAAGGUGUGUAUCGUAAUGGUGAGGCCGUUGGUUUCUUGCGACGUGCUGAAUACGGUUACGCUUUGGACAAAUCUAUUGGGCAGGCGUAUGUUAGUCGAACGGAUGGUGGAUUUAUAAAUGAAAAAUACAUAACGGAAGGAACGUAUGAAGUGGAUAUAUUAGGCAAACGUUAUAAGGCUGAGUGUCAUCUACGAAGUCCCUUCGAUCCGGAGAGCAAGCGCGUAAUGGGUAUUUAUUGAUUAACUGCCCGAAUGUUUUAUUUAUACAUACAUGUAUAUCCAUAUUUCGUUAAAAAGGAACAUUCUCAAAGUAAUCUUUAAAUUUAUACUAAUACGAGUAUAUGGAAAUACGCAUAUA